CGAAGUAUAUUUUUAUUUAAUGUUAAAUUAUCUGCGAACGGUGCCGCAUUGUUUUUGACAAUUUUAGUAAAAUGGCUAGUACACUUAUUGUAGCAGGCAUAGGCCUUGCUGCAGUAGGUUUUACUGGACGUUAUUUAUUAAGAAGAAUGCCACAUCUAUCUCAAACAAUGGCAGAAGCUUACAAAAAUAUACCAAAACUGGAUUCACAGACACUAGCAAAUAGUAAAUAUUACAGAGGAGGUUUUGAAUCUAAAAUGACUCGACGUGAAGCUAGUUUAAUAUUAGAUGUAUCACCAAGUGCAAAUAAAACAAAAGUAAAGCAACAGUUUAAAAAAAUUAUGUCUGUGAAUCAUCCAGAUCGAGGUGGAUCCCCAUAUAUUGCAGCAAAAAUUAAUGAAGCAAAAGAUCUAUUAGAAAAAUGAUUGAAAUGUGAAUAG